UAUUCUUCUGCGGAAUCUGCUGCUGUAAAAAUGUCUAAAGUCCAAACGCUGAGAGCUUUUGUCAGCCAGAGACUAAGUGCGGCUGCUGAAGAGAUAUUUGAGCUGUUUGAAAGAACGAUAGCAGAGUACGAGGAGGAACUUUGUGGACAACGCAAACUACUGGACGCUGUUUUCCAGCCUGAAGUCCGGCUGCACAGAGCAGAUGUCCAGCUGCUGUUGGUGAGUAAAGAAGAGGAUCCCCCUGAGCAGCAGGACUGGAGCCCCAGUCUGGACCAGGAGGACCCACCAGAGCCCCCACACAUUAAAGAGGAACCAGAGGAACUCUGGACCAGUCAGGAGGGAGAGCAGCUUCGAGGGCUGGAGGAGGCCGAUAUCACCAAGAUCACAUUCACUCCUGUCCCUGUGAAGAGUGAAGAAGACGAUGAAGAGAAACCUCAGUCCUCACAGCUUCAUCAAAGACUCACUGAACAGAUGAAAACAGAAGCUGAUAGAGAGGACUGUGGAGGACCAGAUCCAGCCAGGAACUCAGAUCCAGAUACACAUUUACAACCAGCUACUCAUGACAAGACGUCAGACUCCUCUGAACCUGAGACUGAUGACAGUUGUGAUUGGUUGGAGACCAGGGAACCUCAGUCAGGUUUAAACCCUCUGCAAAACAAUGAAGUACCUGUAAGUGAUCAGGAAUGUAAUACUGGAAAAACAUCAAGUAGCUCCUCUGAAUGUGCUACAAGCUUUGGCCACAAGGAACAUCUGCAGGAACAAGAUGGACUCCAACCAGGAGAGAAACCAUUUAGUUGUUCAGUUUGUGGUAAAAGAUACCUCGGGAAGAAAUCCUUAAUGACUCAUAUGAGACUUCAUUCAGAAGGAAAACGUUUCAGCUGCUCAGUUUGUAAAAAAACUUUUCAAUGGAAAGGAGAGGUUGUGAGGCACAUGAGAAUCCACACAGGAGAGAAACCAUUUAGUUGUUCUGUCUGUGGUAUAACAUUCGCUCAAAAGGAACAUCUGACACAACACAUGAGAAUCCACACAGGAGAGAAACCCUUCAGUUGUUCUGUCUGUGGUAUAAGAUUUGCACGAAAGACACAUCUGACACAACACUUGACUGUCCACACGGGCGCAAAACCGUUCAGUUGUUCUGUUUGUGGUAAAGGAUUCACGCAAAGCUCAACUUUGACCUCACACUUAAGAGUUCAUACAGGAGAAAAACCUUUCACAUGCUCAGUUUGUAAAGCAAGUUUCGGUCUUAGAAGCUAUUUGUCCCAGCACAUGAGAAUGCAUACUGGGGAGAAACCAUUUAGUUGUUCUGUUUGUGGUAAAGGAUUUGCACAAAAGACAACUCUUACACAACAUUUGACUGUCCACACAGGGGAGAAACCAUUUAGUUGUUCUGUCUGUGCCAAAAGCUUCGCACAAAGCUCAGCUUUGACCACACACUUAAGAGUUCAUACAGGAGAAAAACCUUUCAGCUGCUCAGUUUGUAAGACAAGUUUCAGGCUCAGAAGCAAUUUGUCCCAACACAUGAGAAUGCAUACUGGGGAGAAACCGUUUAGUUGUUCUGUCUGUGGUACAAGAUUUUCAUGAAGUGGAACUCUGAGACGACACUUGACUGUCCACACUGGGGAGAAACCAUUUAGUUGCAGCAUUUGUGAUAAAAGAUUCACUCAGCUCGCUCAUAUAAAAAAACACAAGUGUGCUGGUGAGAGCAGCGGAAGUAAAUGAAUGAAUCCUUCUAGCAGGAUUGAAGUACUGGGGGCAAGACUUGGCUCAACACUGAUCAGUUCAAAACUGUGAUAGAGACUCCAAAAUAAGUUGUGCUUCAUCUUUUCAGUUAAAAUGAAGCCACGUGAUCAUUUUAAUUCUGUUUUUAUUUGUGUCUACAUUAUUGGGUCUGUUUCUGGGAACUAUGCUUCUUGGUUUUACAUGUAUUCAUUGAUUUAAAAUUGUCAAAGUAUUUUAUGUCAACUAUGGUCAACGUAUUGUUUUAAAAUGUGAUUUAUAAAUGAAAUGACUUAACUUACCUCCCAAUAACAAAAUGUAUUUCUAAUGGACUCUCCUGGUCUUGAAUAGGCUGAUGUGUUGGAUUUACCCAGUUGCCUUUAAAGCAGAGCUUCAGAUGUUUCCGGCCUGUUUCCGUACAGUACUCAGAUGCCAUAUGUGUGUUGAGAGAGUUGUUGGUUGCUGUAAUCGUUCUUCAGUCUUCAAUUGAUCUUCGUCUCGAGACUCGUGUGAAUGUUUAUUGCAGUUGUUUUGUUGCGGCAACAAACCUCCAAGUGACCAUCAAGACAUAUCCCUCCGCUCAGCAAGGAAACACAGUCUGUGGAAACAUAAAGAGGAAGUUUAGUAGAAAAAAGGACAAAGUUUGGAAGAUCCCCACUUGAUGUCUGUCUGAGUCUUCCUGCCUCUUUAGUUUUAUACUACUUUAAUGUAAGUGUAUUACUUUUUAAUACCAAAAAGUGUACAAGUGCAAUAUCUUUAAGCACACGUUAAUCAUUGUACACAACAGUAUGCUAUAAAUACACUGGAAUGCAGUAUUUUGAAGUGGGCUUUAUGGAAUACAUGUGAAAAUGUACUUAAUACACAAUUAAACUCAAAUUACAGGCAAUAGCAGUAGCGGGCUUUUCCGGUCAGAGCCCCUCAGCUCUGCCUGAGGAUCUGAUACUGUUUCAACCAUGUGAAGCACUUUGCAACUUUUAUUUUGAAAAGUUCUGUAUUAAUAAAUUUUAUUAUUAUUAUUAUUAGUAUUAUUAUUACAUAUAAAGUAGUAGAACUUUGGUGUACUUGAACUAAUACUGCAAUACUAUCUCAAGCAAAGGAACAUAGUCAGGAAGUAUAGUAUGUAAGAGUAAUGUGAUACCGUCAGAUCAGAAUCAACAACAUCAGAAUAUUAUAUAAUAGAAGUAAUUAUACGUAGAAUUGUCUGUUUUAUAUUAUAUGUAUGCAUACAUUAAUAAAUACAUGACAUUG